AUGGGGAAGCGGAAGCAGAGCCUCGAAGUAGGCCUUGCGCCUACCAGCCCGCCUCGAGAAGCAACCGCACAUGUGUCACGACCUGCGACGCCCACGAGCCCCGUCCAAAUCCCCAAGAGCAGCAAACGCCCUGCUGCACACCCCCAGAAGCGACACUCUGGGCAGCGCCGGAGACCUCAGAAUGCGCAAACCCCGAGUGAAUUGUCGCCAUCGGUGGCCGCUCUGCUGGCGAUGACAGAUAUCCCUCGGCAGAGGUCACAGAGGCGAAAGAGGAGGGACAACACGCCGUUGACGGUUCAGGAGCUCGUAGAGGGGCAGCAGGUCUCGGAAAAGGAGCUGAGCUGGAGUCUGAGCCGCAGUCCGCUAGAUGUCCUUCUCUCGCCACCCGAGGAGUUUGCCGACGACGACUUGAGCGUCAGCGAGUGCAACAUCGGCUCGGCCUUGUCCACCAGAACAAUUUCCAUGGACUCGAUCCCUUCGCUUGGAGACUCAUUCGGCACCGAUGGCAUCUCGUCCCUAGGAACUCCGGGGACGCCCGGGACCCCGAGCCCUUCACUACGUGGUCGGAAAAUGAGUCCGAUGCGCAGAUCGCUUGAACCGAUCGUUUCGCCCUCUGGCGAGGACAUGGAGCACCCCCUUGCGAGGAAGCAGCAGGAACUGGAGGUCUCACAGCCACUCACACCAGAGCCUUCAGAUGAUGGCACUGAGCACGUUUCGCUGCUUCUGGGCCAAUUCAAGCCCUUGCGCUACGCUUUUCGAUCUAACCUGACGGCAUCAUUCAAGGCUCUGCGCUCGGCUGCGCGGUCAUUUUCGACAAUCAAUUUCCCGACAAUUUCAAAUGAGGAUUUCCUUGCCAGGUCACUCCUGACCAUCGACACACACGUGCCUUAUACCGACGAGCGGCGACCGCCCGCCUCGGAGGACAUUCCUUCGGCGGAGAUGCGGCGCUACCUGAACCCAAUGGGCAACCCUCGAAUUGAGUCUCAACUAGCCGCCGUGCCUCCGCCUGGUACCUUUUCCGCCUCCAUCCAGAUGCAGACCUACAAGGUGCGGCGGUCCAAGCUCGACUCUUCCAAAACGCCGCGACUCCGAGCCUCUCCACAGGGUCCAGCACCAGCAUCCCCUCCAUCCGAGCCCCAGACGGCGCACUCGCUGCCUCCAGGCAUGCGCCAGCGGGAGAUGCGCGAGAAUCCCGACUUUAUUCGCAUCGCCGUGAUGGAAAUGGCCAUGCGCAAGCGUGGGAAGCUCGACGACCAGAAACCCGGUCGAGCUCGCUGGGCGCUGCCGCCUCGCAAGAGCUCCGCAGCGCCCUACGAGAUUGGGCCGACGGGAGUGCCUGUGCGAUGGCAGUCCAUGACCUACAGCACUGAUUGA